AUGCUUCCUUCCGAGACUGGCAUCGAUGGCUGGUUGCGGUAUGCCGCACUUCCUGAUGAGCUGGCCAGCCGACACCCCCAAUACUCGACAAUUAUCUCCCUUGCGGACGAUCAAUGUAGUCCUGUAUUCACUGCCGCGAGAGAGCUGCAACUCGGUCUCUCUAAGAUAUUGAGCCAGAAUGUUACUCUUGAGACGAAGCUCUUGGUCUCCGCAGCCAGCUCCUAUAUUGUUAUAGGAACAGUAAAAACAUUCUUGUCUGCUGGCCGAGACGAGUAUGAGAAUCUGCCUCUCAAAGAUGAUGGAUACUGUCUCGUCUGUAAGGACGGAAAGGCUACGGAAAUCAUCGGCCAAAACGACCGAGGUGCACUGUACGGCGCUUUUGAGUUUCUCAGGUUUCUAUCACGGAACCAGCUGCUGCCCGAGAUGCGUAUAUCUAACCCCAGUGCUCCAAUUCGAUGGGUCAAUCAGUGGGAUAACCUCGACGGCAGCAUUGAAAGAGGAUACGCAGGCCCUUCGAUAUUCUUUGCAGACGGAUAUGUGCUGGACGAUCUGACUCGAGUUCAACAAUAUGCGCGGUUGCUAGCGUCUGUCGGACUGAAUGGCCUGAUUGUGAAUAACGUCAACUCCAAUUACAACCUUCUCAAUCCCAUCAAUAUGCAAGGACUGACUCGGAUCGCUGACAUCAUGAGACCAUGGGGAGUUCGAAUUGGCGUUUCUUUGUAUUUUGAUACCCCGAAGGGCCUCGGAGGUUUACGGACAUCCGAUCCUCUAGAUCCCGACGUCAUUGCGUGGUGGGGUUACAUUACUUCCGAGCUGUAUCGUCAUGUCCCUGACAUGUUGGGGUAUCUGAUCAAGGCGAAUUCUGAAGGACAGCCGGGCCCAUUGACAUAUGGCCGCACUCUGGCUGAUGGUGCGAACAUGUUUGCUAGAGCCCUGCAACCGCACGGUGAUGGUGUCGUCAUGUACCGCGCUUUUGUCUACAACCACCAUCUCGAUGAGUCGGAUUGGAAGAAUGACAGGGCAAACGCGGCUGUUGAGUACUUCGACGGGCUGGAUACUCAAUUCGAAGAUAACGUCAUUGUUCAGAUCAAAUACGGUCCCAUCGAUUUUCAGAUCCGGGAACCACCAUCGCCACUUCUUGCUCAUCUGCGAAAAACGCCAAUUAUUCUAGAACUCCAGGUUACACAAGAGUAUCUUGGCCAGCAAGAUCACGUCGUAUAUUUACCGCCACUUUGGAAGACGAUUUUCAAUUUUGAUCUCCAUGUAGACGGUCAGCAAUCGUUGGUCCGAGACAUAGUUUCUGGUCAACGGUUCAAUUGGAGUCGAAGUGGUUACGCGGCGGUGGUUAAUGUAGGAAAUGAUCCUACAUGGUUGGGGAGUCAUCUUGCUAUGGCAAACCUGUAUGCAUAUGGAUUGUGCACUUGGGACCCUCAGCAAAGCGAAGAGGACAUAAUCCAAGGCUGGGCACAAUUGACUUUCGGCCUGGACAAAACUAUUGUGGAUACCAUAACAAAUAUCUCUAUGGCUUCUUGGCCAACGUAUGAAGAUUACAGCGGCAAUCUUGGCAUUCAAACUCUGUGCGAUAUUGUCACGCAUUGUCAUUAUGGUCCCUGCCCAGCGUCGCAGGAUGGCAAUGGAUGGGGUCAGUGGACUCGUGCUGAUGCACAUUCAAUUGGUAUGGAUCGAACUGUUGCCACGGGAACAGGAAAUGCAGGGCAAUAUCCUCAAGUUGUUGCUGAGCAGUUUGAGUGCAUUGAUACCACUCCCGAUGAGCUGCUCUUGUGGUUUCACCACGUCCCGUACACUCACCGUUUAAAGUCUGGUAAAACAGUUAUUCAGCACUUCUAUGACGCCCAUUAUGCCGGAGCUCUUGUUGCCCAGACAUUUCCACAGCAGUGGGAAGCUUUGAGGGGAUUGAUUGACGAUGAUCGAUUUAACCAUGUCGCUUUUCGUCUUCGGUAUCAAGCGGGCCAUGCUCUAGUCUGGCGAGACUCCAUUAACAAUUUCUACUAUGCCAAGUGUGAAAUCAAGGACGAACGUAACCGUGUUGGUAACCAUGCAUGGCGAAUUGAGGCCGAAGAUAUGACGCUUGAAGGAUACAUGGUUGUUCCUGUCACGCCAUUCGAGGCUGCAUCUGGAGGAAAAGCGAUAGCGACGAUCCCAGGGGCAGAUAUAGGUACUGCACAGUGUACUGUUACUUUUCCUUCUGGGAUUUAUGACAUUGCUAUUAAUUAUUAUGAUCAUCUGGGCGGCAGAUCGCAAUACCAAGUCUUCUUGAAUGAAAGACUAAUUGGGACUUGGACAGGUGAUCUUGAAGAUAAAUUGGGUCAUGACUUCUCAGACCGCAUAGAUGGUCAUUCUGCAACUCGAGUCACCUUCAAUAAGGUGAACGUGAAAAAAGGCGAUUCACUUAGGAUAGUUGGUAGGCCUGAUGGGAGCGAACUCGCUCCGAUAGACUAUGUUUCAUUACUGCCACCAGGUAUUGUGGAUUAA